AUGCCUCGGAUCCUCACCGACGCCAACGUCCAUUUUCUCACCAAAGCCUUCGCCUCCACGCCAGACGUCGCUUGGCAAGCUUUUGAGAAAGACUUCAUCGCAAAGACUAGCUGGCCGGUUACUGGCCUACGUCGAAUCUCCCCGCCACUCGCAGAUGCCUGGAUUGCUGUUUUUUACUAUGGCAUCGAUCGCUAUUACAAGACACCACAGUCAACGUUGAGAUACAGCGACUUUAGGGAGCAGUUUUCUGUGCCUUCAAACCAUUCUUUUAGGCAAUUACAUGCGGACAAACUCUCUUCCGUGCAAUCCGUGAGAGCGGCCCGAGGCUGGACAACGUCUUUCUUUGCCGACCUUAACAAGCGCAACGUCCGCCUUCCAGCUCUCCCAGGCAGGGAAUUCAUAGAGCAGCUUGCCGUCGCUGCAGCAACAUUUCCGCUACCUGAUUUCGCCACUCUUUUUACUGCCUGGCUUCCUCAGCAUCUCAACACGAUUAAAAAGGCCGCGAAGAAUAGCACACGAUUUCAACCUAGCACCCGCAUCAUCACAGCAGCGGAUCUGCGAGCGUUCAUUGCUUGGAUAGAUACAGUAGGUCAGCAAUUGACUACGGCCCAAGGUGCACCAUCUCACCCAAUCUCGCAAAAGGCAACCGUUGAGUCAAACAUUCCAGCAGGGCUACUGACAAGUAGAAGCCCGUGUGGCCAAUCUCAAGCAGAACCUCCACCUUCUCCAACGCUACAAUUGGCAGAGCUUCCCCAAGGACACUUCGCCCAUAUGUCAGACCACGAUAGUUUACCAUCCCCUCGCUACACCAACGCAAAGGAUCCAUUCACCCAAUCUUCGCUGGAUGAGGGCUUGAUCCUGUCAAUUCUACCCCAAUUCGAUGGAGCCUCUGAGAUAAACUCCCCGCCAAUGAAUUUGCAUGCACAAUAUACGCUACCACAACUUAGACCAGUCCACAGACGCGAACCAGCCACAGCUAGCUUGCAAGCAUCGCUGGCGAAUCGCAACUCUUCUCAAAAACAUGUAGCAGAUUAUGAUUCGAACAUCACCCUCACCGAGCUCUCAGACGGAGCGAUGACCGAGCUGGAAACGAGUCUGCAUACACACAAUCAGCCAGGACCACAACGGAAGAAGUCAAGAUUGACAUGGACAGACAGUGUUGCAGAACGAGACCUUCAAGAAGAGUUACAUUCCUUGGAGGAGGAAAUGGAUGCCACACUGGAAAGGAUCAAGGCAAAUUACGAGGUGGCGCACACGAACCAUAACCUUGCUGUCAAGGCGCUCGAAAAGCACAAUGCACACCUCACUCUCCAAUACAAUACCUCUACACCAACCUCAAUCAACGACAUCAUCUCAAAAUACAUGCAGCAAAUCGCGAAAAUCGGGUUGCGCAUCACCAAAGACCAAUCAUACCUCUGUACAUUGGAUGAUAACUCGACGGACUCUGACGGGCACGUUGGUAAUGUAUCUACAGGUGUCGCGAGUGCUAUACAGACAAGGAUUACGCGAGAUGAAAAGAGAGUGCAGCAUAAGAUCCAGCAAAAGGUGGCAGUGCAGCACGCUUUGCUAAACCUAAACCAUUGCAAAGAUCGUGUUGUGCAGACGCAGACAGCGCUGAUUCAAGCGAAUCACGCUUGGGAGAAAGAGAAGACUGCACUUGCGCGUCACACUGGCUGGCUGCAGACCAUCCAGACCAAGUAUAGCAUUGCCCAGCUUGAGGGGAGGGUGGGCGAGAAUCGUAGAGCCUGA